GGCAGUGGGGCUCGGCCAGACUCGGCUCCGCUCAGCCCCGGACGGACGCAGGGAGCGAUGGGACCCGUAGCCCCGCUGCUCGCCUGGCUCCUGGCACUGAACCUCGGCACGGCCGCCAGCGACAACCCGAGCUGCGACCAGGCGGCGCCGAUCGUGGGGGGCUCGGCCAAGCUGCAGCAGGGGCAGGUGCUGGUUUACCGGUGCCCCGAGGGGCAGUUCCCCUACCCCACGCCCGCCCGCCAGUGCCGCGCCGACAGCCGCUGGAGCCCCCUGCGCACCCGCGACGGCCGCCCCCUCGCCAAGGCCGAGUGCAGAGGUGCGGGGCUGCCCGGCCCGCUGGAGUUCGACAACGGGCACUUCCACCCGCGCCAGCCCCGCUACAACAUCAGCCAGACGCUGACGUUCGAGUGCUUCGAGGGGUACACGCUGCGCGGGCCCCACAACCGCAUCUGCCUGCCCAACGGGAAGUGGAGCCAGGGCACGGCCAUCUGCGACGACGGAGAGGGCCAGUGCCCAGACCCCGGCAUCCCCAUUGGGGCGAUGAAGGACGGGCAGCAGUACCGGGAGGAUCGGGUCCGGUACCGGUGCGGCCGGGGGCUCAUCAUGUUCGGGUCCAAAGAACGGACCUGCCAGGAGUCCGGAGCCUGGAGCGGGACAGAACCGCAGUGUAGAGACCCAUCCACCUACGACACCCCCCAGGAAGUGUCCUCCACGUUCAUCGCCUCCCUCUCGGAGACCGUGGAGGUGGCCGAUCCGAACCGGACCACCUCGGAGAACGUGAAGCGCAAGAUCCGGAUCGAGGCCGGCGCCAUGAACAUUUACCUGGUGCUGGACGCCUCCGACAGUGGGGAGGGGAACUUCUCCCUCGCCCGCGACGUCCUGGUCCAGCUCAUCGAGAAGAUCUCCAGCUACGUCUUUCCUCGCUACGGGGUCCUGACCUUUGCCACCGACCCCCACGUCGUGGUCCGCACCUUGGACCCCCAGAGCAGCGACGCCGACUGGGUCAGCACCAAGCUAGGGGAGCUGAAAUACGACAGCCACAAGCUGCGCAGCGGCACCAACACGCGGGCCGCGCUCCAGGCCGUGCUCAACAUGAUGAUCCAGCAGGAGCAGGACGAGCUGCGGCGCGGCCACAAGGUGGCGCCGGUCGCCAACUCCACCCGCCACGUGCUGAUCCUCAUGACGGACGGGAACACCAACAUGGGGGGCUCCCCAGUGCCGGUGGUGGGGCAGACGGAGCUCCUGAGCAUUGGUCGGGACAGCCGCAACCCCCGCGAGGACUACCUGGAUAUCUACAUGUUCGGGAUCGGGGCCCUGGUGAACCAGGUGAACAUCGCGGAGCUGGCCUCCAAGAAGAGCGGCGAGACUCACGUCUUCCACAUGCGGGACAUCAAGGACCUGCAGACGGCCUUCCACGACAUGAUCGACGAGAGCGAGACGCUGAGCAUGUGCGGGCUGGGCUGGGAGUUCGAGAAGGCCGAGGACCACCAGAAAAACCCCUGGCACGUCAGCAUCAAAAUCGCUGUGACGCCCCGGAAGGGGCUGGAGUCCUGCAAGGGGGCCCUGGUCUCCGAGUACUUCAUCCUCACGGCCGCCCAUUGCUUCGACAUCGACGACCAGGCCCACUGGAUCACCGUGGACGUGGGGAAGUCGACCUCGGUGAACAAGGUGGCCGCGCUCUGGAGUCACCCCGAGUACAACAUCGGCAAGCUCCGGGCCGGGAUCCCCGAGUUCUACGACUACGACGUGGCCCCUGAACUCACCCAGAAGAUCAAGUUCUCCUUCAAUGCCCGGCCCAUCUGCCUGCCCUGCACCGAGGGCACCACCCGCGCCCUGCGCAAAGCCCACCAGACCACCUGCAACGACCACAAGCGGUUGCUGCUGACGGUGGGCGAGAUCCCGGCGCUCUUCGUGCACCAGGACAGGAAGAAGCUGGAGCGGAAACACGUGAACAUCAAGAACGGUGUCAAGAGAUCAGCCUGCGAGGCCGACGCGAAGAAGGCACCGAUCUACAUCAACGUGACGGAUGUGAAGCAGGUGGUGACGCCCCGAUUCCUCUGCACUGGGGGGAUCGACCCUGUCGUGGACCCCAACACCUGCAAGGGGGACUCUGGAGGCCCCCUCAUCAUCCCCAAGGGCAAACGCUUCUCCAGGUGAGUGGGUGUGAUCAGCUGGGGGGUGUUCGACGUCUGCAAGCCACCCAAGCGCAAGGCCCCGGCCUACGCCCGCGACUUCCACCUGAACCUCUUCACCGUGCUGCCCUGGCUGCGGGAGAAGCUGGCCGAGGAGGGGCUGGGCUUCAUCUGAGGGGGGUCGGGGGACCCCAACCCGUCCCAGCCCACCUGCUGGCUGCCCCUCCUGGAGGGACAGGAGCCCCCCCCCCAUCCCUGUAAAUAAAGAUUCGGUUCCCAGCCCUGCCGGAUGGCGCAGCUGGGAGGCCCAUGAAAAGAGA